CAAUGGGCGGCUGCGGGCCGGUUUAAAAGCCGGCGCCGUUGGCCGUGAGGGCGCUCUGACUGAGGUGCCGCGGGUGCGUGUUUUGCCUGUACUGCUGCUUGGUGAGGGUAGUCUUAUCAAUCUGAAGAUGUCAACUCUGAUCUUUGUUGAUCAGGAGAAUAGUGAACUUCAUGCUCCCAAGAGUCAGCUGAAGCUCCCUUCAGGAUCUUCAAAAGCCUUAGCUGAAAGAACACAAGUUAACACUCCACUUCCUAAAAAAGCAAUCAGUACUUCUCCAGUCACAUCUCGCUCUGUCAGAAAGGCUCUUGGAAAUGUGAAUAAAACUGAAGUAGUCACAAGCAAGACAGAUAAGUUAAAACAGAAAAAUCAGCCUUGCACUGUGAAAAAAACUGGAUUAGAAAGCUGCCAUGCAGUGGUUGAAGAAGAUUGGCCAGAAAUAGAAAAUAUGUUUCCUUUGGAUCCUCAAGACUUUGAGAGUUUUGAUCUUCCUGAAGAGCACAAACUAAGCAAUAUCAACCUGUGUGGUGUCCCCCUCAUGGUGUUUGAAAGGACAUAUGACAGAUGUGUGAACAUGGCUUCUUCACCAGCGAAGAUUGAAGAGAUUUCAUGGGAAUCCAACUUGCUACAAUCAACUGCUGACUUCCUUGCUACCCUGGAUGAGAUCAUUGACAUGCCACCUCCAAAUUAUGAUGUUUAAUGUGUGCACUGAAGCUUUGUUUUUAGGUCCAAUUUCAUACAGUUCUGUAUUUCAAUAAAAGCUAGUUUAACCUA